UCGAUGUAGGCGACGACUCCCUCCGCUGUUGUUCCGGCUUCGGAGCUCGACUGUCGGUGCCAUGUCAGCCGCUCUUUUCCUGAAAAGUUCCACCAAGCGGCUGCCGCUCCGCGUGUUUGGCCGGGCCGCCGGCUGCUGUUACCACACCGAGAGAGGCGUCUACGGCUACCGUCCCAAACGGAGCCCCGGCGGGGACGAAUUGCUGAGCGAGCGCAUCACCGCACUCAACCAAGAUCACGGCCUGGCCCGCCUGGUGGAGGCCUACCGAGCUCAUGGACACAAGCUGGCCAAAAUUAACCCGCUGCUGCCCCACAUGCCCGUCGUGGACGGCGUUCCCGAGAUCAGCGCGCUCACGGGCACCCUCGGCGGACCGUUCGACACCUCAGGACUGCCCCACUUGGGCAAGGCGGAGGCCUCGGCGGACGAGGUCCGGGCCUACCUGGAGGAGGCCUACUGCGGCCACCUGUCGGUGGAGACCAGUCAGCUGUGCGACGUCGAGGAGAGGGAAUGGAUGGCCGACCGCUUCGAGGAGCUCAAGAGCGCCCCCUUCUCCUCGGACGAGAGGAGGAGCCUGGCCAAGCUCAUGCUGGAGUCGCAGGAAUUUGACCGCUUCCUGGCCACCAAAUUCUCCACGGUGAAACGCUACGGCGGAGAAGGAGCCGAGAGCAUGAUGGGCUUCUUCCACGAGCUUUUCCGGCGCUCGGCUCAGGCCGGCGUCACCGACGUGGUCAUCGGCAUGCCGCACCGGGGGCGGCUCAACCUCCUGACGGGCCUGCUCCAGUUCCCGCCGGAGCUGAUGUUCCGGAAGAUGCGCGGCCUGAGCGAGUUCCCCGAGACCUCGCCCGCCAUCGGAGACGUCCUGUCCCACCUGACGUCGUCGGUGGACUUGGAUGUGGGGGCGGGGCACCGGCUUCACGUCACCAUGCUGCCCAACCCCUCCCACCUGGAGGCCAUCAACCCCGUAGCUCAGGGCAAGACGCGGGCCCUGCAGCAGCUGCGCAAGGAGGGCGACUACUCGGACGACGAGCGUGCCCGGCCGGGGGACCGAGUCCUCUGUCUGCAGGUCCACGGCGACGGCUCCUUCCCGGGCCAGGGCAUCGUCCCCGAAACCUUGACCCUCUCCAAGCUGCCGCACUACAGAGUGGGGGGCAGCAUCCACCUCAUCGUCAACAACCAAGUGGGCUACACCACCCCGUCCGACAGGGGGAGGUCGUCUCUCUACUGCAGCGACGUCGGCAAGAUGGUGAACUGCGCGGUGAUCCACGUCAACGGCGACGACGCGGAGGAGGUGGCGCGGGCCACUCGGCUGGCCGUGGACUACCAGCGGCGCUUCAGGAGGGACGUCAUCGUGGACCUGGUCUGCUACCGCCAGUGGGGCCACAACGAGCUGGACGAGCCUUUCUUCACCAACCCGGCCAUGUACAAGAUCAUCCGCUCGCGCAAGAGCGUCCCCGACUCCUACUCGGACGGUCUGGUCUCCGAGGGCUUGAUGACGGAGGCGGAGCGCGAGCGCAUCAAGGCGGAGCGCCACGGCUGGCUCAACGACAAGUUGGCCAAUGUGACGCUGUACAGCCCCCCGCCCACCAACCUGCAGGGCCGCUGGGGGGACCUGGUGGAGCCCCGUGCCCGGGUCAGCUCCUGGGAUACGGGCGUCCCCCUCCCGCUGCUGCGGUACGUCGGGGCCAAGUCCGUGGACGUCCCCGAGCACGUCCGCCUGCACGGCCACCUGCUCAAGACCCACGCGCAGGCCAGACUCCAAAAGCUCCAGGAGGGGACCAAAGUGGACUGGUCCACGGCGGAGGCUUUGGCGUUUGCGUCGCUCCUUUGCCAAGGCUUCGACAUCCGACUGAGCGGGCAGGACGUGGGCCGCGGCACCUUCAGUCAGCGGCACGCCAUGCUGGUGUGCCAGGACAGCGACGACACCUUCGUUCCUCUCAACCACAUCAGCCCCCAGCAGACGGGCUUCCUCGAAGUGUGCAACAGUCCGCUGUCCGAGGAGGCGGUUCUCGGCUUCGAGUACGGCGUCAGCAUCGCCCGGCCCAAGCUCUUGCCCAUCUGGGAAGCCCAGUUUGGAGAUUUCUUCAACGGCGCUCAGAUCAUCUUUGACACUUUCAUCUCGGGAGGCGAGGCCAAGUGGCUUCUCCAGUGCGGGCUGGUGAUCCUGCUGCCUCAUGGCUACGACGGAGCCGGACCGGAGCACUCCUCCUGUCGCGUGGAGCGCUUCCUGCAGAUGUGCGACAGCGAGGAGGGGGGCGUGGACGGCGACACGGUCAACAUGGCGGUGGUCAACCCCACCACGUCGGCGCAGUAUUUCCACCUGCUCAGGCGGCAGAUGAUCCGCAACUUCCGCAAGCCCCUCAUCGUGGUCGGACCCAAGAUGUUGCUGCGAUUUCCCGGGGCCGCGUCGAGUUUGACGGAAAUGGCGCCGGGGACCUCGUUCAAACCCGUGUUGGGGGAUACGUCCGUCUCGCCAGACAGCGUCCAGAGAGUGGUGCUAUGCUCCGGCAAACACUACUACGCCUUGCUGAAGCAGAGGGACGCCGCGGCCAAGCAGGACUCGGCGCUCAUCCGCUUGGAGGAGCUGUGUCCCUUCCCGCUGCAGGCGCUCCAGACGGAACUCCACAAGUAUCCCAACGCUAAAGAGUUCAUCUGGAGUCAGGAGGAGCCUCAGAACAUGGGCCCGUGGUCUUUUGUGGCUCCCCGCUUUGAGAAGCAGCUGUCCUGCAAGCUGCGCUUAGUAAGCCGCCCCGCGCUGCCCGCCCCCGCCGUGGGCAUCGGCACCCUGCACAAUCGGCAGCAGGAGGCCCUCCUGGCCGCCACCUUCUCGUAAAAAAGAAAAAGCGCAAAGACUCGUCGCCUUCGCAGCCGUGACCCACUCGCAACAGAAAUCGCGUGGCGGGCGAUUAUGGACGUCGGCUUCUCGUUGGCUUUUUUUUUUUUAAUCAUCCCUCUCAACGCGUUUUCGGCGUACGUCGCGAAUCUCAGUCAAGGCCUCGGACGACGGCGCUGGCAACGGAUCGUCGGGCGUAGCGCCGAGCGAGAAAUCAACGCAAAUCGCAAUCGUUUUCGCUUGUGUCGUGAGCUAAAAAAAAAAAAAAAAAAUCUCACAUCACACGAGCGCUUCUGUGGGACAUUUUGAGGAAGUAAAUCU